GGAGCCCAGGGCUAUUUUUGGGCCGCGGCGUGGCAGGCGUCCGGUGGUGCCAGGGGCCCCACGUCACGGGACAGCCCGGCCCGGCCGCCGCCGCUCUCACUCCAGCAGCGGCACGGCCGGACUCGGCUCGGCCCAGCCCCGGCUGACAGAGAUGGCCGGUGGCAUCUUCUCCCUGCUGGGGAGCUGCUCGGAGCUGGAGAAGGCCAACUGCCACCCGCUGGUGUGCCUGCUGUGCCAUGAGCCCUACCAGCACCCCUGCCUGCUCGACUGCUACCACAACUUCUGUGCCAGCUGCCUGCGGGGCCGUGCCAGUGACGGCCGCCUGCACUGCCCACUCUGCGGGCACCCCUCGGUGGUGAGGGGGGGCACAGGGCUGCCCCCUGUGGACCGGCUGCUGCAGUUCCUGGUGGACAGCUCAGCCGACAGCGAGGAGGAGGUGCAGUGCGCCAACUGCGACCGGCGCUGCGCCAAGGCGGAGAUGGACACUAUGUACUUCUGCAACACCUGCGGGCAGCCGCUCUGCGCCCCGUGCCGGGAGGACACUCACCGUGCCAGGAUGUUCGCCCGCCACGAGAUCGUCUCCCUCUCCAAGCGCACCAAAGACAUCCACAAGAAGUGCCCGCUGCAUGAGGAGCCCUACAUCAUGUUCUCCACCGAGAAGAAGUCCAUGCUCUGCAUCAACUGCUUCAGGGACAUGCAGGGGGAGAGCCGGGCACACUGCAUCGACAUCGAGACUGCCUACAUGCAAGGCUGCCAGCGGCUGGACCAGGCGGUGAUGGCGGUGAAGGAGCUGCAGACCUCCACCCGCGAGGCCAUCGUGCUGCUGAAGGCCAUGAUCGAGGAGGUGCACAACAGCGCCAGCGAGGAGGAGGCAGCCAUCAACUCCCUCUUCGGCCGCAUGCAGGUGCGGGGCCCCGUGCCCAGGAGUGCCCAGUGCUGGGCACGGCAGAGCUGGGGCAGCAGGAGGAGAGAGGGUGGCGACAGGACAGGGCAGCUGUGCUGUUUGCAGGAGCAGCUCUCCGAGAGGAGGAAGACUCUGCUGAAAGCUGUGCAGAGUCAGCACGAGGAGAAGGAGAAGGCUUUCAAGGAGCAGCUUGCCCACCUCGCCUCCCUGCUGCCCACCCUGCAGGUCCACCUGGUGACCUGCUCAGCAUUCCUGAGCUCUGCCAACAAAGCUGAGUUCCUGGACCUGGGCUACCAACUGAUGGAGAGGCUGCAGAGGAUUGUGAAGCUGCCACACCGCCUGCGGCCAGCGCAGACCAGCAAGAUCAACAGCGAGUACCGGGCAGAGUUUGCCCGCUGCCUGGAGCCCCUGCUGAUGCUCAGCCCCCGCCGGUCCCUGGUUGGCAGUGCUGGUGGCAUCGGUCCUGGCAUCACUGGCACAAGCAUGCUCCCUGGCAGCCAAUGCUCCAAGACCCUGAUGGUGCCUAGCUCUGCCCCCAGCAGCGAGAGGAUGUCCAGCGUGCCCAUGGUGCGGAAGCCGACGCUGCACCGAUACAUCAGCACCAAGGUGCUGCUGGCAGAGGGGCAAGAGACGCCCUUCGCCCAGCACUGCCGCAGCUACGAGAGCACCUACCGGGCGCUUCAGACGGAGAUCCAGGCCCUGAAGGACCAGGUGCAGGAGCUGCACCGCGACCUCACCAAGCAUCACUCGCUGGUCAGGACGGAGGCCAUGGGCGAGAUCCUGCAGAGGUCGCUGCAGGUGGACGUGCAGAUCGCUGCGCACUACUCGGCCGUGGAAAUGAUGCGCAGUGUCUUCGAGGAGGUCUGGGAGGAGACGUACCAGCGGGUGGCAAAUGAGCAGGAGAUCUACGAAGCCCAGCUCCACGACCUGCUGCAGCUGCGGCAGGAGAACAGCUGCCUGAGCACAAUCACCAGGCAGAUCGUGCCCUACGUCCGCUCCAUCGCCAGGGUCAAGGAGCGCCUGGAGCCCAGGCUGCAGGAGCCCAAGGAGGAGCAGGCACCGAUGCUGCUCAGGACCUGUGACAGCAGCGAGGCAGUGCCAAGGGCCAAGUCACCCAGCAGCAAGGAAGGGGCUGCAGCCAGCCCUGGGGAUGGCUGCAUGCCUGACAGCACCCCUGGAGACCCCUCCCCAAAGAGCAAAGACUGCUGCAGGGGCCAGCAGGAACAUGGAGCUGAGGACACUGCCCAGCAAGAGUCAGCACCAUAGAGGCCAGCACCCAGCCAGGGCACAGCGCUGCGUGGUGCUCACUGUGGAAAAGCAGUGCCCUGCUUGGUACCUGGCUGCUCCUACCUUGUGCCAGAGGUGAAGGCUGGCAGCCCAGGCC